GUAAAAGGAUGGUAAACAGAGGUAUCGUACUGAACCUCAGUGUAGUGUAUCAGUGAGGGUAUCGUUAGCUAAAUAUAUUACAAAUACUGUUCAGAUGAGAACCAUAGCACGAUAAAUGUGUCCAUACAUUGUUUAGUCCGAUGUUAUGGAUAUGUGAAUUAAAUUGUCUUUAAGACGAGCAUUUUUUUAUUGUGCUGUUCUUCCUGCUGCUAUGGACCUGUCACUGCGCAGUGGUAAAAGGUUGGUCCAUUUGGACCUAAAAGGGGCACCUCCUCGAAUUGGCUACUUACUUGAGCUGAUCCAGGUAUUUGCUGAUCUUGGUGCCACUGGCUUGCUUAUUGAGUAUGAAGAUAUGUUUCCUUAUGAGGGAGAGCUGAAAGUUAUUCAGUGUAAAGCUCAGCCUCCAUACAGCCGGAAAGAGAUCAUGUCUAUCCAGGAAGCUGCCAGUAGCAGAGGGCUGGAGGUCAUUCCUCUUGUGCAGACGUUUGGACAUUUGGAAUUUGUGCUGAAGCAUGAGGUCUUUAGAAAGCUGCGGGAGGUCGACUACUGUCUGGGCACCCUGAAUCCACAUUGUGAUCAAGGUGUUAAGUUGGUGCAAGAGAUGCUACGUCAAGUCAUGGAACUCCACCCUAAAAGUACCAGCCUGCAUAUCGGCGCAGAUGAGGUGUACAUGCUUGGUCUUGGAGAGGAGUCUAAACAGUGGUUAAGUGCUCCAGGUCACAAUGAUCACCAGCUUUUCCUUAGUCAUAUCAUUAAGGUGGCAAAAGGCAUUCGGAAGAGAGUCCCAAAACUUAAUUUGAUCAUGUGGGAUGAUAUGCUCAGAUCCAUGACACCUAAGAUUAUCAAAGAAAGCGGACUUGUUGGAUUAGUGCAACCAAUGUUGUGGGACUACAGUCCUGUUCUUGAUGUAGACAACACUGUUAUGCGAAUGGAAUUGUACAAGUCUGCAGGUAUGUCCCAACAGUGGGUCGCCAGCUCAUUUAAGGGCUCGACUACUGUACAUACUUGCGUGACCUGCACUCAGAGGCAUGUGGACAACCACUUGCAAUGGCUCAAAGUGGCAUCCAGUCUUUCAGCUGGCAUUGAGCUACAGGGAAUUGCACUUACUGGAUGGCAAAGAUACGACCACCUGUCUGUUUUGUGUGAACUGAUGCCUGUGAGCCUGCCCUCUUUGGCUUCUUGUUUGCAAACCCUUCUUCAUGGUGGCUUUACUGAAGAGGCUCAGAAAAAAGUGUAUGAUAAACUUGGCACGGUGGAAAUAGAAGACACAGAGAGAUUGCCUUCCAGGAUGUCUUUUGUUGGGGCGAAACUAGCAGAACUUAUAGUGAAGCUGAUAUCUCUGCUGGAGUCUGCAGAAGUUAGAAAUUUUCCAAACAGCAUGUUUGUGAGGGGCUGGUUCACACCCUACCACAAACAAAAGAAGAUAAUUAGCCCACUUAUUGCACAACAAAUUAAAACACAAGCAGAACGGAUCAUUGAUGCUGUUGACAUCAUGGUGCAAGAAGUGAGGAAAGAGAUGCAUCUGUUAUACUCCGAUUACACAGCACAGGAAUGGCUGGACCAACACGUCAGCCCAGUGCUGGAGCCUCUGCAAAUCCUAUUAAGAGACAUUGAAUCUGUUUUAAAUGAUGUAGGUUUUUGCACUACAUCUGUAUCUUAAAGCUUGUCAAUAAGCUAUAUUUGAAAGUUUUUUGUUAUAUUCAGUUUGGACUAUAAAUGAACAACUUGUAAUUGUGAACCACUAGUAGAAAGAGCUUAAAUAAUGGUUUGUGAUUUGAUAAUAAAUAAAUUAUAAGUUUAAUCAUGUAAUCAUUGUUUAAUUAACCAUUACCAAUUUAAAAUAAAUUAAAAUCCAAUGUUGAAGUAAUAACAUAUAUUCUUACUCUAUCAUUAUGCCUGAAAUAAAAAUUUAAAAAACAA